AUGGCGUCAGGUGUCAACCUGACAGAUUCAUUAAUGAUAACGUCGCACUCGAAUAACGUGUCCACGUUCCACAUUGCAGGCUGGAAAACAUGUCCGUCCUAUGUAAAAGCUGGAGAAGUAGCUUUGGCCAUGCAGAUGCUGUAUCCGGACCGUGUAGCCGUCGAAAUGCAUCCAUUUGAGGACCGAGAUGCCUUUAAGCAGUGGCUCAAUACGUCGCAAGACGACUUUCUCACACAUUUUGGGACCAACUUUGCAGCUAUGAAACACGUGACAUCGCCUUUUGUGUGGAGCAGUAAUCCUAUGACUUUCUUGGGUGGCAGCGACGACCUGCUGGCUUUCUUCCGGUCUGGUAUUGCUGCUGGGAACCCCCAAGGCGUGCCAUCUUCGACUGAUAAGACAGGGAAGAAACGAGGUAUUUCUACUGCUAGUGGUAGAGCCACGAUUCCUUUUGCCAAUGCCACUACAUUGGUAGAGUCGGAGAUGUCUCUUGACGUGGAGGAGGACAUGAGCUACGACUAUGAUCUGGUGGUGAUUGGAGGCGGAUCAGGAGGUUUGGCUUGCUCUAAAGAGGCAGCAUCAUUCGGACAGAAGGUCUGUGUGCUAGACUACGUGAAGCCAUCACCACAGGGCACUUCCUGGGGUCUCGGUGGCACUUGUGUCAAUGUUGGCUGUAUCCCAAAGAAGCUGAUGCACCAGAGCUCUUUGAUCGGUGAGAUUUUGCACCAUGACUGUGCAAAAUUCGGUUGGAAUGUUGGAUGUGCGGAUGGGAGUCCACCGACCUUCAGUUGGACACAACUUGUAUCGAGUGUUGGCUCAUACAUUAAGAGCAUCAAUUUUAAGUACAAAGUGGAGCUCCGGAGCAAGUAUGUCAAGUACGAAAACUUCCUCGGCUCGUUCGUGGAUCCACACACACUGGAGCUGUGGCACCCAAAGAAGGGCACGAAGAAGAUUACCACUCGUCAUGUAGUUAUUGCUGUCGGUGGACGACCCAGGAAGCUGACGUGCCCAGGAGGGGAGCACGCGAUUUCGAGUGACGACAUCUUCUGGAUGAAGAAGAAGGAACCAGGUAAGACGUUAGUUGUGGGUGCUUCGUACGUAGCACUUGAGUGCGCGGGCUUCCUGAAGGGUAUGGGCUACGAUGUGAAGGUGAUGGUGCGCUCUGUCUUGCUUCGUGGCUUCGAUCAGGAUAUUGCAAACAAAAUUGGCGAGUACAUGGAGGUGCAGUCGGGUAUAGAGUUCAUUCGCAAGACUGUUCCACAGUUUAUCACGAAGCUCGAAAAUGGCCAGCUACUAGUAAAGUGGUUAACGGAAGACGGCAAGAGCUUCGAGGAAGCAUUUGACACAGUGUUAAAUGCGACGGGUCGUGUCCCGGACGUUGCCAAGCUCGGCUUGGACAAAGCUAAGGUAAAGCUGAACGAGAAGUCUGGUCGUAUCUGGGUGCAGAACGAGCAGACCUCGACACCGAACAUUUAUGCAAUUGGUGAUGUCAUUGACGCGCCUGAGCUCACGCCAGUGGCGAUUCGGGCGGGACGUCUGCUCUCCCGUCGUCUAUACAAUGAAUCUACUGUGCAGAUGGACUACGACAAAGUUUGCACGGCGGUGUUUACGCCCAUCGAAUAUGGGUGCUGCGGCUUAUCCGAAGAGGAUAGUAAGGAAAUGUACGGUGAUGACAAGGUGGAGGUAUACCAUAAGAACUUCAUUCCGUUGGAAUGGUCGCUCGCUGAAGAGACUCGCACGUCAGCUGAGUCCUGCUAUGUCAAGGUGGUGUGCGAUAAGACUCGCGACAACUUUGUGCUGGGUUUCCAUUACCUGGGACCGAAUGCGGGCGAGGUGACGCAGGCCAUGGGCUUGGCGAUGAAGCUUGGUUUCACGUACGACCAAUUGGUGGAUACGGUGGGCAUUCAUCCGACGACCGCGGAGGCAUUUACAACACUGGAAAUAACGAAGAGCAGUGGCGAUACGACCACAGGCGGGGGUUGCUGA